AGGCACCGGAUCUUCUCUUUCUACUUUCCUCUACACUUCAUGGAAACUUUGAGAAACUGGAGUUCGCUAUGUGGAUAUUUUUUGUUUAUCUUCCUCACAACAGUAAGCAAAGGUUUUGCAUGUGAAGCUCCUACAAGUCCGGAGUGCUUCAGGAAAGAUGCAAGCGUAUCGGUUUACAAUUGUGAAUGGAGCAUGAGCCCGACUGAUGGCAUUGUGACGUUCACUCUUUACUAUGAUAAAGAAGAGUUCGGUAAGGUCAUUAACAAGACCUGGCAUACGGUCCGUAAGCAAGGGCUGAUCAAAAACAGAACGGUUUACAUUUGGGUGGAAGCUCAUGUGGGAAACUCCAGCUGCUCAUCGCCCAGGAGGUCUGUGGUGCUCAAAGACAUAGUAAAGUAUGAUGCACCACAAAAUAUUUCAAUGUCCUGGUCCAAAAACAGCCUGAGCUUAAUGUGGGAGGCUCCAGAGAAGCAUCCAGCUUUAGCCGAGGUCUGGCUGCGAGGAGAUGGACAGCCCGCAGAAUCCUGGAAAAAACUGUUUAACACAACAUACAUUGUGACUGCACACAAUUUGGGAAAGAUACCGACUUCACACUGUCCAACUCUGAAAAAAACGGCAACUUCUGAAUACCAGGUGACGGUGAAGAAUCUCUCACAGCAUUCAACCCACUGGGUUCAGAUCAGACAACGGUCCACUCAGGUCAAAGACCCGCUGUGGAGUAACUGGUCUCCAGUGGUGAUCGUUCCUGCAGAGCUUGCACACGAGCCUGAAGUUAACGUGACAAUCAAACAUUUGAAUGGCACCAGAGAGGUGACGGUGACUUGGAAGCUGAGGUCCCACGCAGCAGCAGCAGGAGUGACCUACCGACUGGAGGACACACAGUCUUCUCUGGGUUGUCCUUGUGCAAGGACAGAGAAGAGGAGACAACACCUCAAAACCAAUAACUUCACCAUUCAUGUGUCAUACUCUCCCGUCGACAUCUCUGUCACCGCCAGAAACACAGCAGGGUGUUCUCCUUCAGCAACCGUUUAUGUGCCAGCCGAACCUACUGCGGAUUUAAAAAUUUGUGACAAAACGGUGGAUGAUAAAUUGAAUAAGAAAACUUGCAAGCAAUGGUACGAGCUUCAAGAUGGAGGUUUGAAGCCAGACCAUGUGAUAACUUUAGAAAGAAAGAAAAAACUAGUAAGGGAGCAAGAAACAAAGAACGUAACUGGGUUACAGGAUUACGUUGGCUACCUUUACUUUGAACACAUCUGUGAUGUUGGGAAGCCGCGGACAGUUAAGAUGUGCCUCUACUACAAGAAAGAGGGAGCACCACUUAGAGAACCUCAGUAUAUCACUGUUUUUGGUCAAACGCACAAUUCUGCGAACCUCUCCUGGAAAGCGAUCCCCUCCAAGGACCAGCGAGGUUUCCUCACCCACUACAGCCUGUGCAGUGUGGAAAUGGGUUCGAAGGAUGAGAUGAGAGAGUGCCACAACAUAUCAGCCUCAUUGAGAAAAUUCAGUCUGGAAAAGUUGACACCGGGAACAAAAUACAACAUCAGCCUGGCCGUAGUGAACCGAGCGGGAGCAGGACCCGCAGCUACAGUCACUAUUAACACGCUGCAGGAGAAACAUGUGAAUGUGUGGUUGAGUUUGGGCCUGCUGAUCGGGUUCUUCUUCAUCUCGACAAUGUGCACCGUCAUCUUAAAGAGAAUCCAAAACAAGAUCUUUCCUCCUGUGCCGAAGCCUGUUAUUCCAGAUUUCUCACCCAAUCACCUUGGUCAGGAGAUGCUGGAGGGGAAAGAGGAGGUGCACGACCUGCUACUGCUGCAGCUGCACCCAGAGCACAAGACUGUCCCUCAGGAAGCAGAGGAAACCACCGUCCUCCGAGGAGAGUGGGACGCUGGGAGCGACGAGGACGUGGACAAUGAGAGGGAGGGGGAUUCGAGGAUGUCAGAGGGGAGCGGUGAUGAGAGUCCGGGAUCCACAGAUCAGCAGCAGAAGAGGUCCAGAGUCAAAGAGCUGACAUAUCUGGAGCAGGUGGAAAGCGAGAUCGCCUUGCUGAUAUACAGGAAUGGUUUGGUCUUCGAUCUAAAGACAGAUUCACCGUAAAGACUAAAUCUUUACAAUAUUUGUUCACCAAUAGUGGAUAAAUGAAGUCUAUUUUGAAAGUUGUAUCUUUUUAAACAACAAUUUAAUCUUUUCCUGUAGCAAGUAUUUUGUCAGUGAUGUUUUUCAUAAGGAGAUCAGCAUAAUGAUAUAAGCAGCAGAGUUGAUCACACACAGGCUUUGUCACUGCAGGUUGUCAAUACACAAUUUUUGUGGUAAGGUAUUGUUCAGACCUUCACUCUGUUGUUUUGUAGAAUUAAAUAUCUAAUUAAAACCAAACUUACUUGAAAAUACACAUUUGAGCAUAAUUCAUCUACAAUGACAGAAACCCUUUUUGUUUGUUUCUGUUUUCAUCUCUGCCUUGUAAGGUGACCAUGAGCGGUGUGAA